AGUUGCGGCUUCAUGUCACACAUGCGUACCGACAAAGUGAAUGGCACACGGGCGCAGAAGUGACACAGAGGCGGCCAGAGUGAGGGGGAGACUACCUGAGCUGAGCCACGGCAGCUGGGUCAAGUCCACAGAGAGGAGAGAAGAAGGAGGAGGAGGAGGAGAAGCGCGCGUGGAGAGGAUGAAGAUGAAAGCCGCGGGAGGCUUUAGUAUCCCACCACCGGCGUCUUCGAAACCCAGGCUUUAGGGACGCGCGCGCGGGGGAGUCACGGGCGCGUUGAAUUUGGGCAAGUUGAGAAAGUUCCGCGACUGUAUACAAUGGUUAUAAAUGGGUCUCACCUGAACAGCUCCUCGCCAGACCCCAGUGACACCGUCCUGAACCGCCCGCCGUGGGUUACCACAACUUUAGGCUGCUUCCUCAUCUUCACUAUCAUUGUCGACAUCCUGGGCAACCUCCUGGUCAUCUUCUCCGUGUACCGGAACAAGAAGCUCAGGAAUGCAGGGAACAUCUUUGUGGUGAGCCUGGCAGUGGCAGACCUUGUGGUGGCCAUCUACCCGUACCCUCUGGUCCUCACCUCCAUCUUCCACAAUGGCUGGAACCUGGGUUACGUUCACUGCCAGAUCAGCGGCUUCCUCAUGGGCGUCAGCGUCAUCGGCUCCAUCUUCAACAUCACCGGCAUUGCCAUCAAUCGAUACUGUUAUAUCUGCCACAGCCUCAAGUAUGAUAAACUGUACAGUGACAAAAACUCGGUCUGCUAUGUGAUGUUGAUCUGGGCGCUGACUGUGGUCGCCAUCGUGCCCAACCUGUUUGUGGGUUCACUUCAGUAUGACCCACGGGUUUAUUCCUGCACCUUUGAACAGUCAGCCAGCUCAGCGUACACUAUCGCAGUGGUUUUCUUUCACUUCAUUUUACCCAUCAUGAUUGUCACAUACUGCUACUUGCGUAUUUGGAUACUGGUCAUUCAAGUGAGGAGACGGGUCAAGCCUGACAACCGGCCCAAAAUAACGCCGCAUGAUGUUAGAAACUUUGUCACCAUGUUUGUGGUGUUUGUGCUCUUUGCCGUUUGCUGGGCACCACUCAACUUCAUCGGUCUGGCUGUAGCGAUCAAACCAGAGGUGGUGAUUCCCCUCAUCCCUGAGUGGUUAUUUGUGGCCAGCUACUUCAUGGCCUACUUCAACAGCUGCCUUAAUGCCAUUGUGUAUGGUGUGCUGAACCAGAAUUUCCGGAGGGAGUACAAGCGCAUUGUAGUGUCAGUGUGCACGGCACGCAUCUUCUUCCAGGACAGCUCCAACGAUGCAGGGGAGAGGCUAAAGAGUAAACCGUCACCGCUCAUGACCAACAAUAACCAGGUCAAGGUGGACUCUGUCUGAUCCAGAUCUCAGAGGACUACUUAGCGGACAUGAACAGAUAUGCUGUGACUGAGAGUGAAAAAAAAGAAAAAACUAAAAGGCAUAGUAAGAAAAAUACCAAAUUUAAAUAGCUGUCCACAGACUGUCACAUGGUGCUAUCUGACCUCUGAACAAUCACAGUAAAAACAGGGGUGCAUAUUAUCUUUGUCUUUUAUCAAGCACUUUUGUUUGACUCUGCAAUACCUGUAGUACAGUAAAUAUAUGAUGUCUGUUUUGUUUUCAUGUUUACAGUGAUGAUAUUAAUGUAUCAUGCAUUAUAUAAGUAUUUAUUUUGUAUGAAAUGUCAUGUAGUUAUAUAGUAAGAUAUAUCAGGUUCCAGUUACAUGAAGACAAAAUUUUAUCAGGCCAAUAAAAAAGAAAUCUACAAAACUUGGGUUGAAAAUAUAACCCCAAGUUUUUAAACAAAGUUAACUAAUUUUAAUAACCUCAUUUGUGAGACUGUAACACUAAAUGAGUGCAAGCAAUGUGGGUUGCUGCUGUCUUAUUAUACCCUGCAAUACAGUAGGUGGAAUAUAUAUUUUGUCUUUCUCUCUAUCUCUUACUCUCUUUCUGUCUCUCUCUUUCUCUCUCUCCACCCUGUGAGCUCAUUAUAAUGUAUGCAUGGAUAUGCAGGAAUUGUUCAUAUGCCAAAUAAAAUCUAUAUUGAUGGAGGAUCUGCUUCA